UUUCAUCGAUCAGAUACGCACGCGGUAUAAAAGCAAAUAUUUUCAUCGCCCAAUUGGUUUUCUUCCAUCUUCUCCCUCUACCACCAUCUCCCCAUCACUUAAAAAAAAUUAACCAGCAAUGGGUAAAGAGAAAUCGCAUGUUAACGUCGUCGUCAUCGGACACGUCGAUUCUGGCAAAUCUACCACCACUGGACACUUGAUUUACAAGUGUGGUGGUAUCGAUAAGCGUACCAUUGAGAAGUUUGAGAAGGAAGCUGCUGAGCUAGGCAAGGGUUCAUUUAAGUAUGCCUGGGUUUUGGAUAAGCUAAAAGCCGAGCGUGAACGUGGUAUCACUAUCGAUAUCGCUCUAUGGAAGUUCGAAACUCCCAAAUACGUGGUUACUGUGAUUGAUGCUCCGGGUCACCGUGACUUCAUCAAGAACAUGAUCACAGGUACUUCCCAGGCUGAUUGUGCUAUCCUCAUUAUUGCUGGUGGUACUGGUGAGUUUGAGGCUGGUAUCUCCAAGGAUGGCCAGACUCGUGAACACGCUCUGCUUGCCUUCACCCUUGGUGUGCGUCAACUCAUCGUCGCCGUCAACAAGAUGGACACUACCAAAUGGAGCGAGGACCGAUUCAACGAAAUUAUCAAGGAAACUUCUACCUUUAUCAAGAAGGUCGGCUACAACCCGAAGGCUGUUGCAUUCGUUCCUAUUUCUGGAUGGCACGGUGACAACAUGUUGGAGGAGUCCGUCAACAUGCCCUGGUACAAGGGCUGGACCAAGGAGACCAAGGCCGGUGUUGUCAAGGGAAAGACUCUUCUCGAUGCUAUUGAUGCUAUUGAGACCCCUGUCCGUCCUUCCGACAAGCCUCUCCGUCUUCCUCUGCAGGAUGUCUACAAAAUCGGUGGUAUCGGUACGGUGCCUGUCGGUCGUGUUGAGACCGGUAUCAUCAAAGCUGGAAUGAUCGUCACCUUUGCUCCUUCAAACGUGACCACUGAAGUCAAGUCCGUCGAAAUGCACCACGAACAGCUCGAGCAGGGCACUCCUGGUGACAACGUCGGUUUCAACGUCAAGAACGUCUCGGUCAAGGAUAUUCGUCGUGGAAACGUUGCUUCUGACUCCAAGAACGACCCCGCAAAGGAGGCCGCUUCUUUCAACGCCCAGGUCAUUGUUCUCAACCACCCCGGUCAAAUCGGUGCUGGCUACGCACCCGUCCUCGAUUGCCACACUGCCCACAUCGCAUGUAAAUUCGCCGAGCUCAUCGAGAAGAUUGACCGACGAACCGGUAAAUCUAUCGAGAACACCCCCAAGUUUGUCAAGUCUGGUGAUGCAUGCAUCGUCAAGCUCAUUCCUUCCAAGCCUAUGUGUGUUGAAUCGUACAACGAAUACCCUCCUCUUGGUCGUUUUGCCGUCCGUGACAUGAGACAAACUGUUGCUGUCGGUAUCAUCAAGUCCGUUGACAAGACUGACAAGUCUGGUGGUAAAGUGACGAAGUCGGCCGAGAAAGCUGCCAAGAAGAAGUAAAUAGAUGUAGAAUUAUUGUAUUUUUCUCUCAUCUCUUUCCUUUUCUCUUGUUGUCUUAUCAUUGGUGCUCCGCAUACUGUCAUUCAUUCAUCCUGCUGCAAUGUUUUUGUAUCAUUUAUAACGCUGCUCGUGGAGGUAUUGCAACCCCUCCGCAUGUUCUAUUACGCUAAUGUCAUGACAUCUUGGGAGACCAUCUCAAUUGUGAACUGAAGUCAG